UUCUUCGCAAAACUGUUGCUUCAGAGACGAUCUCUGAUCUGAUGUGAGCCGUCGUGUGCGGCUCAAGCUCAGCUCGGUUCCGACAGAACCGAAGAAAGGCACGAUGGGGAAGAAGCAGAAGAAGGGCGGGGAGGACAGUGCCAAAGACGACGGCGUGGACAUCGACGCUCUGGCGGCCGAGAUCGAAGGAGCCGGAGCCGCCAAGGAGUCGAAGGGGAAGAAGAAGAAGAAAGGAGCCAAGAAGGAUGAGUUUGACGAGGACGACAUCCUGAAGGAGUUGGAGGAGCUGUCUCUGGAGACGCAGGGCGGCAAGGCCAAGAAAGCAGACGAAGAAGUGGAGGUGGUGGAGCCCCCCAGACCAGAGAAGAAGAAGACCAGGAAGGGGAAGAAGGGCGGCGCCAGCCCCGAGGAUGAGGAGGGGGAUGAAGAAAAGAACGAAGAGCAGAAUAAGGCGCCUCCUGCUGCUCCUCCCGCCGACUCCGACUCCGACAGCUCCUCGCACUCUCGCCUCAAGACCAAAGCAGCAAAGAAGGGAGGGAAGAGGGCCUCGCUGUCGGACGACGAGGACGAGCGUGCGCCGGAGGAAAGCCUGAAGAAGGGAGGAGGGAAGGAGGAGGAGUCAGAUGAGGACGAGGACGACGAGGAGGACUUCUCCUCCAGGAGAGACAAGAAGAAGAAGAACAAAGGGAAGGCGGCGAAGGCGGAGAGCGACGAGGAGGAGGAGCAGGACGGCGACGUGGGAGAGUUCAAGAUGAAGACGGCGGCGCAGAAGAAGGCGGAGAAGAAGGAGAGGGACAAGAAGAAGAAAGAGGAGGAGAGGAUGAAGCAGAAGAAGCUGAAGGAGAAGGAGCCCAGCGCCGAGGUGAAGAAGGCGGAGUCUCCUCAGGUCCCGGCCCCGGCAGCUUCCACGGAGGAGCAGGAGGGGGCGGAGCCAGCGGAGCCAGCGGAAGAUGAGGCCGAGGGCGACAAGAAGAAGAAGAAGGACAAAAAGAAGAAGGGGGAGAAGGAGAAGGAGAAGGAGGAGAAGAAGAAAGGUCCCAGCAAGGCCACCGUGAAGGCCAUGCAGGAGGCUCUGGCCAAGAUGAAGGAGGAGGAGGAACGGAUAAAAAGAGAGGAAGAGGAGCGACUGCAGAGGCUGGAGGAGAUGGAGAAGCAGCGACAGGAGCAGGAGCGGCUGGAGCAGGAGCGCAAGGAGAAGAAGAAGCAGAAGGAGAAGGAGAGGAAGGAGCGGCUGAAGAAGGAGGGCAAGCUGCUCACCAAGUCCCAGAAAGAAGCCCGAGCCCGGGCGGAGGCCACGCUCAAGCUGCUGCAGGCGCAGGGUGUUGAAGUUCCGUCCAAAGAGUCGAUGCCAAAGAAGAAACCCGUUUACGGAGACAAGAAGAGGAAGAAACCCAACAUCCCUACUCCUGAAGAAACGUCAGAGGUGGCCUCGCCGACCCCAGAGACGCCAGAGCCCGUUGCCACGGAAACAGCGGUGGAGACACCCGCCCCAGAGCCAGAGGUGAAGCCGGAGAUCGCCCUGGACGACUGGGAGGAAAUGGUCAGCGACGAGGAGAAAGAGCUGAAGAAAGUCCACAUCGAGGUGAAGGAGACGGCCGCUCUCUCUCAGCCGGCCGCCAGCGAGGAGGACGACGACGAAGACGAGGAUGAGGACGACGAGGAGGAUGACGAGGACGAGGAGGAAGAGGAGAGUGAGGAAGAGGCGGAGAAGGAGGCGCCGCCCGAAGGUCCGGCCAAGAAGAGGCUGGCCAGCGAAUGCGAGAGCAGCGAGAGCAGCGAGGACGACGACAGGACGAAGGAGGAGAAGCUGUACGACCGAGCCAAGCGGAGGAUCGAGAAACGCAGAGCGGAGAACGUGAAGAACAUCGACACGGAGACCCUGCGAGCGCCGGUGGUUUGUGUGCUGGGACACGUGGACACGGGGAAGACCAAGAUCCUGGACAAGCUCCGACACACCAACGUCCAGGACGGCGAGGCCGGCGGCAUCACGCAGCAGAUCGGAGCCACCAACGUCCCCAAGGAAACCAUCGAGGAGCAAACCAAGAUGGUUAAAAACUUUGACAAAGAAAACCUCAAGAUCCCCGGCAUGCUGAUCAUCGACACUCCCGGCCACGAGUCCUUCAGUAACCUGAGGAACCGAGGCAGCUCUCUGUGCGACAUCUCCAUCCUGGUGGUGGACAUCAUGCACGGCCUGGAGCCGCAGACGCUGGAGUCCAUCAACCUGCUGAAGGAGAAGAAGUGUCCCUUCAUCGUGGCCCUCAACAAGAUCGACCGUCUGUACGACUGGAAGAAGAGUCCGGAGACCGACGUUGUGGCCACGCUGAAGAAGCAGAAGAAGAACACCAAAGACGAGUUUGACGAGCGAGCCAAGGCCAUCAUCGUGGAGUUCGCCCAGCAGGGUCUCAACGCCGCCCUCUUCUACGAGAACAAGGACCCCCGGACCUUCGUGUCGCUGGUCCCGACCUCGGCCCACAGCGGCGACGGCAUGGGGAACCUCAUCGCUCUGCUGGUGGAGCUGACCCAGACCAUGCUGGCCCGCCGCCUGGCGCACUGCGACGAGCUGCGAGCUCAGGUCAUGGAGGUGAAAGCUCUGCCCGGCAUGGGAACCACCAUCGACGUCAUCCUGAUCAACGGCCGGCUGCGGGAGGGCGACACCAUCCUGGUGGCCGGGGUGGACAAGCCCAUCGUCACGCAGAUCCGAGGCCUGCUGCUGCCGCCGCCCCUGAAGGAGCUGCGAGUCAAGAGUCAGUACGAGAAGCACAAGGAGGUGGCGGCGUCGCAGGGCGUGAAGAUCCUGGGGAAGGAGCUGGAGAAGUCUCUGGCGGGGCUCCCCCUGCUGGUGGCCCACCGGGAAGACGAGAUCCCCGUCCUGAAGGACGAGCUGAUCCGGGAGUUCAAGCAGACGCUGAGCUCCAUCAAGCUGGAGGAGAAGGGCGUGUACGUCCAGGCGUCCACGCUGGGCUCGCUGGAGGCGCUGCUGGAGUUCCUGCGGACCUCCAAAGUCCCGUACGCCGGAAUCAACAUCGGCCCGGUGCACAAGAAGGACGUGAUGAAGGCGUCGGCCAUGUUGGAGCACGACCAACAGUACGCGGUGAUCCUGGCGUUUGACGUGAAGGUGGAGCGGGACAGCCAGGAGAUGGCCGACAGCCUGGGCGUGCGCGUCUUCUCGGCCGAGAUCAUCUACCACCUGUUCGACGCCUUCACCAAGUACCGGGAGGACUACAAGAAGGCCAAGCAGGACGAGUUCAAGCACAUAGCGGUGUUUCCGGCCAAGCUGCGGGUGCUGCCUCAGUUCAUCUUCAACUCCAGAGACCCCAUCGUGAUGGGGGUGAUCGUGGAGGCCGGGAUCCUGAAGCAGGGGACGCCGCUCUGCGUGCCCAGCAAGGGGUUCGUGGACAUCGGCGUGGUCACCAGCAUCGAGGUCAACCACAAGGCCGUGGACACGGCCAAGAAGGGCCAGGAGAUCUGCAUCAAGAUCGAGCCCAUCCCCGGGGAGUCGCCCAAGAUGUUCGGACGCCACUUUGAGGCCACAGACAUGAUCGUCACCAAGAUCACGCGCGCCUCCAUCGACGCCCUGAAGAACUGGUUCCGGGACGAGAUGACGAAGUCGGACUGGCAGCUGAUCAUGGAGCUGAAGAAAACCUUCGAGAUCAUCUGAGGGACCUGAGGCCGACUCGACCCCCGCCCCCCCUCCACCACCACGCCGCAGCAGAGGGGGGGCGGCGCCGGGACGCAGCAGAAAGGAACCGCCUCCGGGGGAGCCGAAGCGUUUCAUUUAGCCCCACCGUCAACGGUGAUAGUUUAGACACAUUUCAAACUUCUCCAACGUGCCUGUUCUUCAGCAUCAAUGUUGAGACCUCUUCUUCUUCCUCAUCCACACUCUGGCCUGCGGCCGCCGCUUCCGGCCGCAGGCCCCGCCCCCUUUCCUCCCGAGACCGGCGCCCCGGAGCGCAGGGACGGCGUGCCGUGCCGAGCCCGACGGCGGGGACGCUUUUGUUUCUCGGGAGCAGCGGCGCCGUCGUCGGCUGACGGACUGAGACGUUGACGUUUGCUCUGCUGUGCUGUUUGGACGCCGUGUUGGAGGCGCGAGGAGGAUUUUAACCGUUCUGCUGCAGCUGCGAUGUAAUAAAUUCCCAUGAUUCUAAUGGAACGCCAACCGUUGAGUUUUCAGUU